GUUGUAGUUCGCAGGUCGAGGCAGUGGGCGGUCCCACAUCGAGCUCCGGCCUCUCCCGGAUGGCGGCUGCGACGCGCGGCUGCCGGCCCUGGGGCUCGCUCCUCGGGCUCCUCGGGCUGGUCUCAGCCGCGGCCGCCGCCUGGGACUUGGCUUCGCUGCGCUGCAACUUCGGCUCCUUUUGCGAAUGCGACUUUCGGCCCGACUUGCCGGGUCUGGAAUGUGACCUGGCUCAGCACCUAGCUGGCCAGCAUCUGGCCAAGGCACUAGUGGUGAAGUCGCUGAAGGCCUUUGUGCAGGACCCAGCCCCCACCAAGCCGCUGGUCCUCUCCCUGCACGGCUGGACUGGUACUGGCAAGUCCUACGUCAGCUCCCUGCUGGCACACUACCUCUUUCAGGGUGGCCUCCGUAGCCCCCAUGUGCACCACUUUUCUCCCAUCAUCCACUUUCCACACCCCAGUCACAUUGAACGCUACAAGAAGGAUCUUAAGAGCUGGGUCCAGGGGAACCUCACUGCCUGUGGCCGCUCCCUCUUCCUCUUUGAUGAGAUGGACAAACUGCCCCCUGGCCUUAUGAAGGUCCUACAACCGUUCCUGGGCUCCUCCUGGGUUGUGUACGGGACCAACUAUCGCAAAGCCAUCUUCAUUUUCAUCAGUAACACUGGUGGUGAGCAGAUCAACCAGGUGGCCUUGGAAGCGUGGCGCAGCCGCAAGGACCGCGAGGAGAUUGGCCUGCAGGAGCUGGAGCCAGCCAUCUCCCGUGCUGUGCUGGACAACCCACACCAUGGCUUCUGGCGCUCAGGCAUCUUAGAGGAGCACCUGCUGGAUGCUGUGGUGCCCUUCCUCCCGCUCCAGAGGCACCAUGUACGGCACUGCGUGCUCAACGAGCUGGCCCAGCUAGGCCUGGAGCCUCAGGAGGAGGUGGUUCAGGCUGUGCUGGACAGCACCACCUUCUUCCCUGAGGAGGAGCAGCUCUUUUCCUCCAAUGGCUGCAAGACCGUGGCCUCCCGAAUAGCCUUGUUCCUCUGACCCUCUCAGGGGCAUCCUUGCCUCCUCUGCCUAGCCAGGCCAUGCAAGAAAGGCCUGGGGCCUCCCCUGGAGGAACCUUUCCCUGAGCUUGCUGGCAAGUGGGACCUAGAACACAAAGUCAAGACAAAGAGGGGUUUUGUCCAGGCCAAGGAUUGAAGGCUAGAAGGGCCCAGCCUCUUACCUGGCUAGAGGCAUCUUGGCUUUUGCUGCAUUCCCCAGAGAACCCCUGGUCACCCCAGAAGCUCACUGAGCCUUGACCUCCCCAUGCAGCCUGAGCCUUCUCAAUGUGAAUUGUAACUCAGGGACCGAGGCUCAUGGCUGCUCCCUCCCUCCUGGGCUGUUCCCUGAACCCUUGCCCUGGCUCCACACCUGCCACCCUAACCCACAGCCUGUGUCUCAGUAUCACAGGCCAGGCUGGGACACUGCAGUUUCCACAAAGGGAGGGACUCAAGCUGCCCCCUGGGCCUUGAUUUAGAUGUUUUUAAUUUUGUAAAAGAAGAAAGUGAAUUAAAUUUAGCCAU